AUGGCGGGGAUUCUUGGACGUUUGAGUUCCCCGGAGUUGCCGCUCACUUUCUCAGGAUUCUUUCGCAGCCAAUCAGGUGCAUCGCACUCGCGGUGGCCUCGCCAUGCACUCAAACCGCCGCGUAGUCUUGCCUCUGUCGUCAUCGUCGCCGUCCAUUCUGUCUCCUUACUCCUCCUCUCGUCCCUGCUCCUUGCGUCAGUCGCAGCCACCUCCCAUCAUCCCACCGCAAAUUCACAUGACGUGUGCCCAUCUGGCCUUCACGCAUCAACGUGCGCUGCCGCGCCCGUGCCCCCCUCAUCCGCUUCUCUUCGCCGCGCGGAUGGCGCAUCCGCAGUUCCGCCUCACGUGUCCUCCCCCACCAGUUCCGCCGCAUCUUCUCCGCGCAUCCCCCCCGAGUCUCCCCCUCUCCGCCUCCCCGUGCUGUGGAUGGCGCCGUUUCUCUCCGCGGGGGGGUAUUCCUCCGAAGCCGUCGCGUUCGCGACGUCGCUCGCGGCGUCCCCGCAGUCGCCGCCGUUGAAGAUAAAGCAGCACGGGGACGGCACCAAUUGGGAGUUUAUUUCCGGGCUGCCCGACUCCACGGUUCGAACUCUGCAAGAACUUUUUGAGGGCACCACAGGAGCAGCCGGGCGAGGGAAAGCGGAGGAGGGAGCGGGAGGAGAAGAGGAGAUGGAGUAUGGUAGAGAGGAGGACGGAAUGGGGGAAUGGGAGAGACUGUGGCGUGCGGGAAGAGGAAGAAGAGCAGGGAGGACGGAAGAAGAGGGAGGGGAAACACCAGGUGGAAGUGGAAGUGAAGCAGGGGCAGCAGAGGAACAGGACAGCAGCAGCAGCAGCAGCAGCAACAGCAGAGGCAGCGUAGUGCACGGGGUCGUCAUCUGUCACAGCGAGCCAGGCGCAUGGGAGCCGCCCCUCUUCCAAACCCUUCCCUGCCCGCCCGCCUCCCUGCAGGCAUCGGCGUUUCUGGUGGGGCGCACCAUGUUCGAGACGGACCGAGUCACGCCCACGCACGUGCAGCGCUGCAACCGCAUGCACCAGAUUUGGGUGCCCUCCGCCUUCCACCUGCACUCCUUUGCUGCCAGCGGCGUGGAGCCCUCCAAGCUCCGCGUGCUGCCUCAGCCUGUUGACGUGCGCGCCUUCCACCCGGCUGCCGUCGCUCCUGCCCUCCGCCCCGCCCUCCCUCCUGCUGAGCUUGUUCUCGGCCCGGACCGGCUGGCACAUGCACGUGACGGUGAUGGGGAGAUGGGGGAUCAUGGGAAGGAUGAGGAGGAAGGGAUGGAUGACGAGAGUGAUGCGGGGAGAAGUGGGAGUGGGAAUGGGGGUCAGGGCGACUGGUGUGGUGAAGGUGGCGGCAUGAUUGAGGACGGUGGCAUGCAAGAUGACGGGUUGUCGGUGCCAGGAGGAGAGGGCGGUGGGAGUGGCACGCAACCAUUUGUGUUUCUGAGCAUGUUCAAGUGGGAGCAGAGGAAGGGCUGGGACGUGCUGCUGAGGGCGUACCUGUCCACGUUCACCGCAUCGGACCCUGUGCUGCUCUACCUCGUCACCAAUGCCUACCACACCGACUCCCACUUUGCAGCCAAGAUAGCCUCCUUUCUCCACUCGGCUAACAUUACUGAACCACCCGAGGGCUGGCCGUCGCUCUAUGUGCGGGCAGAGCAUGUGGCGCAGUCUGAUUUGCCGAACGUUUUUCGGGCAGCUGAUUUUUUUGUCUUGCCCACAAGAGGAGAGGGAUGGGGGCGGCCAAUCGUGGAAGCCAUGGCAUCAGGGCUGCCGGUGAUUGCCACUAACUGGUGGAAGGAGGAAGGGGUGUGCAGCUCGCAGGGACAUGGUGUUCGGGCUUUCCGAGCGCUUCUCAUAGGGAGGCCGUUUAGCGUGCUGAGAAAGCCUGUUUCUGAAGGCGAUCGCCGAUCUUCCUUCAGAAUGCAGUCCAUCGGCCGCUACUUGAGUUUCAGCGCCAAGGCAAAGGACGGCGAGGGCGCGGAGGGCGGCGAGGAGCAGUCAGACGUGUCUCCGCCGCGUGCCGUUGCGGAUGACGGCGAUAACAGUGGCUCGGAUGCAGGCGAGGGAGGAGAAGCGGCUCCAGACGCGUCUGAGAAGGAUCAGGACGGCGGUUCGAUCCGUGCUCCGUUGAGCGUCGAGGGUGAGACAGAAGAGGAGCACGAUUCUGACGAUGACGAUAACGAGUCGUUCGGUAGCGCGAAUGAGCGUGCUGAAGGGUCUGUGGGCAGCUUCGGAACAUCCCCAGUGGCGGAGGAUUUCAUGAUUCCUAAGGCAAAGGUAACAGGGGACUCGGAAGAUUUCUCGGUGCCUGUGGUGAGUGCGGAGAUGGAUGCGGAUGGGGAGGCGGAUGUUUUUGAAGAGGGCGAGGAGGAGGUUUCUAGCGCAGUGGUGACGGAAACUGUUACUGAAUCUGUGGUGGAAACGGUGACAGAGACAGCUGCAGUUGAACAGGUCACGGCGACCGUAACAGAGGCGGUUGUAACGGAGGUGGCGAGUGAGACUGUUGUGGAGCAAGUGGAAAUGCAAGGUAGUGCAGCUGCUGCGUCUUCUUCUGAAGUCGUUGCAGCUGCUGCUGAUGUCAGCGAGUCUGUUGCGACGGUAGCAACGACCGAAACGGCCGCAGCUACUGAAACGGUUACGACGACGACCACCACGGUGACCACCACUACGGUGACCUCCACCACCAGUGUUGAGGCGGAGACGGAGACCGUGACAGAAACAGCGUCCGCUACUGUCGAAGAAACAGUGACCGCUGUUGCCGCCACUGCUGGCGAAGCUGAAGCGCAGACUAGUGCAGUAGUUGAUGCAGGGGAGGCGGCGCAGGUGGAGGGCGACCUUCAGGCGCGGCUGCAACAAGCCAUCGCGGACGCCAGUCGCGUGGAUGUGGAGGACGUGGAUGACGACGACAGUGACGACAGCGAGGCGGAGGAGUGGGUGGAUGGGGAGGAGGACGACGAGGACGAGGACGACGAGGAGGGCGCGGGGGUGUCCGCUUCGCUGGACGCGCUCGUGAGGGACAUGGAAGCUGUGGUGCAGGGGGCGGCGGGCGGCAGCGCUGCUGGCGGGAUUAACCUCCCCCCGCGUAUGUCUGCUCCCCGCGGUCUCAACGGCUCGCUCGACCUCCCAGCUCGCCCGCAGUCUUCCACCCGAUCCGCCGACUCUGGUUCGGAAGGCUCCGCAGUUGACUCGGUGGCUCGGCAGGCCGCGGCGGUGAUUGCGCGACAGGGCAUGACAGGCGCUAUGGGCGAUCCCGCUGCUGCGGGGGCAGCGCCGGAUGCCCCGCUCAAUCCGCGCGCGGAGAAGGUGAACUCUGUGCGCGUGAAGCUGCUGCGCCUGGCCGCGCGGCUGGGGCAGUCGCACAGCAACGUGGUGGUGGCGCAAGUGCUCUACCGCCUGGAGCUCGCGGAAAAGUUCCAGGAGACCUCCUCCCGCGCGGGCAGCGGCGGCGUGCGCAUCAUUGGCGGCGCCAUGGGCAGCGCCAUGCGCCUGGACCGCGCGCGCGAGCGCGCAGCUGAGCUGGAUGCGACGGAAGGCGCGGACUCGGACCUAGACUUCGGAUUGACGAUCAUGGUGGUGGGCAAGACGGGCGUGGGUAAAACCGCCACCAUCCACUCGCUCCUCGGCACCACCCCCCCUGCGGAUGCCCCGCCUGCGGAGCUCCCCGCAACGACACGCGUGCGCGAGGUGACGGGGCGCGUGCACGGCGUGAACGUGAAGGUGGUGGACGUGCCGGGGCUGCACCCGUCCGUGGCGGACAUGCGGCGCAACCAGAAGAUCCUGCGCUCCGCCAAGCGCUACCUGCGUGGCAAGCAGCCCGACAUCGUGCUGUACGUGGACCGCCUGGACGUGCAGGCGCGCGAUUACGGCGACAUGGAACUCGUGCGCCCUAUCAGCGACACCUUCGGUCCUGCUGUGUGGAUGAACACGAUCGUCGUGCUCACGCACGCGUCCUCCGCGCCCCCUGAGGACAGCAGCGGGCGCCCCAUGAGCUACGAGAUGUACGUGGCACAGCGGUCGCACGUGGUGCAGCAGACGAUCCGCCAGGCGUCGGGCGACAUGCGCCUGCUGAACCCCGUGGCGCUGGCGGAGAACCACCCCGCCUGCCGCACCAACCGCACGGGCGACCGCGUGCUGCCUAACGGCCAGGUGUGGCGCCCGCAGCUGCUGCUGCUCUGCUUCGCCUCCAAGUGCCUCUCUGAGGCCAAUUCCGUGCUCGAGAUUGGCGGCCCUGCGUCCGCCCGCGCCCAGCGCGGCCGCUCGCGCAUGCCGCCGCUGCCGUACCUGCUGUCGUCGCUGCUGGGCCCGAGGCAGCCGCUGCGACUGCCGGAGGAGCAGCAGAUGGGCGACGAUGAUGAGUACGACGAGAGCAGCGACAGCGAGGGCGAGGACGACGAGGUGGACUUCGACGCGCUGCCGCCCUUCCGCCGCCUCACCAAGGCGGAGCUGCAGCAGCUGGAGCCCGCGCAGCGCCGGGAGUACUACGAGGAGCUCGCGGACAGGGAGAGGCUCUUCCAGAAGAAGCAGUGGAGGGAGGAGCUGAGGAGACGCAGGGAGCUGAGGCGGAAGCUGGAGGCGGGCGAGGACGUGGAGGAGGAGGGCGCGGAGAAGGCCAAGGGGGCGGAGGGCGAGGAGGGCGCGGAGGAGGACGCAGGACCCAGCAACGUGCCUGUGCCCAUGCCCGACCUUGACCUGCCGCCGUCGUUCGACAGCGACCAGCCCAGCCACCGCUACCGCUACAUUGAAACUGCCAACCAGUGGUUGGUGCGGCCCAUGUUGGAGCAGCACGGGUGGGACCACGACACGGGCUAUGAUGGCUUCCAAAUGGAAAAAGCAUUUGCCAUCCGCGACAAGAUCCCCGCUUCCGUCUCUGGCCAGAUCACCAAGGACAAGAAGGACUGCACGGUGGCGCUGGAGGCGGCAGCGUCCAUGCGGCACGGCACGUCGUUCCUGCACGCGCCCGUCACCACGGCGGGGCUGGACGUGCAGUCCGUGGGCAGCAGCCUCGCGUACACGCUGCGCUCCGAGACCCGCUUCCGCACGUUCCCACACAACCGCACCACCGCUGGCAUCUCCUUCACCACCUACGAUGGCAGUGGGCUCACCACUGGACUCAAGGUGGAGGACCGGUUGCUGGUGGGCAAGAGCGUGAGUCUCAACGCUGCAGCUGGCUUUGUGCGCUGCGGGCGUCUCAUGGCCAGGGGGGCUAACUGCGAGGUGCAGGUGCGGCAUCCCGACCAUCCACUGGAUCGUACCAUGGGAGUGCUCGGGCUUACCCUCAUGGACUGGCAGGGCGAUCUAGUGGUGGGAGCGAAUGUGCAGGCGCAGGCCACAGCAGGCAAGACGAAUCUGCUGUUCCGAGCGAAUGUGAACAACCGCGCAGCGGGCACCAUUUCGCUGCGAGCCACGUCCAACGAGCAGCUGCAAAUGGCCCUCAUCGGCCUCGUGCCGCUGCUGCGCUACUUCCUUGCUGGCGGCUUUCUGUUCGGCAACAAGGGCGAUGAGAUGGUGGACGAGGCUUAG